GACGCCACAGAACAUCAACAACUCACAUGUGGCUUACGAGCACCGUUGCUGUGCCGUGCUAGCAACAACUGGGUAAUGUGGAGCCGAUGUCCCAGCCGAAACACCACAUCGAAAUAAAUAUCACACAGCUAACGACAGUCGUUUUGUACACAGCUAAACCUGACCCAACAUGCCUCCGAAGAAACCCCCCCAGGUUCCGGGGAAUAAAAAAACUCAAGAGAAGAAAAAGGAAAAGAUAAUUGAGGAUAAGACAUUUGGCUUGAAGAACAAGAAAGGGGCCAAACAGCAGAAGUACAUCAAAAACGUUACUCAGCAAGUAAAAUAUGGACAACAAAGUGCACGACAGAUUGCCCAGGCUGAGGCAGAAAAGACCACAAAGAAAUCUGAUAAGAAGAAAGAGUUGGACGAACUCAAUGAGCUGUUUAAACCUGUAGUCACUGCCCAGAAAGUCAGCAAAGGUGUCGACCCAAAGUCAGUGCUGUGUGCAUUCUUUAAGCAGGGCCAGUGCACUAAAGGCGACAAGUGCAAGUUCAGCCAUGAUUUGUCAAUGGAGAGGAAAUGUGAGAAGAGAAGCGUCUACGUGGAUGAAAGAGACGAAGACCUGGAGAAAGACACGAUGGAGAACUGGGAUGAGAAGAAGCUGGAGGAGGUGGUCAACAAAAAACACGGAGAAGCUGAGAAGAAGAAAGCUAAAACACAAAUUGUGUGUAAGUACUUCUUGGAGGCCAUAGAGAAUAACAAGUACGGCUGGUUCUGGGUGUGUCCGGCGGGGGGCGAUAGCUGCAUGUACCGGCACGCCCUGCCGCCCGGCUUUGUACUGAAAAAAGACAAGAAGAAGGAGGAGAAAGAGGAGGAAAUCUCGUUGGAGGAACUGAUAGAAAACGAGCGUGCAGCUCUGGGUGUCAACGUGACUCGGAUCACCCUGGAGACGUUCCUGGCUUGGAAGAAGAGGAAAAGGCAGGAGAAGUUGGACAAAGCGAGGGAGGAGAUGGAGAAGAAGAAGGCCGACUUUAAGGCUGGAAAAUCGCUAGUGGUGAGCGGCCGUGAGGUGUUCGAGUUCCGUCCAGAGCUGGUCGACGAUGACGACGCUGAAGCUGAUGACACUCAAUAUGCCAACGAAGAAGAUGAAGAUGAUGAGGAAGAGAUUGAUACUACAGAGGUCCAGGACAUAGAUUUAUCUCGUUUUGUUCCUCAAGAGGUCGACGACACAGGCAUUACCGUAGCAUCCAUGGACCGUUUCACCUCCAGGAGUCAACCGACAGAAGAAGACAACGAUGGACUUAAUCAGGGACAAAUAAGCACAAUGCGAAUACUUCUGAUGCACAAAUUAACAAACAAAACUCCAACAUGCCCGUCUACAGAGGAGCAGCUGAACGGAGCUUGCGGCGGCGCCGAGGCCAACGGGCUUUCAGGAGCAGAGGGGGGAGGAGGGGAGGAUGAGGAGGCGGAGGAAGAGGAGGUACCGGUGGAUGAGAACCUGUUCACGGGGGAAGAUCUGGAGGAGCUCGACGAGGAACUCAACACACUGGCGCUGGAAGAUUGAGAGGGAGCGCGUGAGGUGGAGGUUAGGACGGACUAAGUGACAAAGGGAUGGACUGAUGGAUGCAUGGAGCUAAACAACAAAGAGACCAGAUGUUUGAAUGAUUUUAAAUUUCAGAGACUCCAGUAAUAAAGCCUGAUUAUGUCAUGA